CUUUUGGUUGGGAUCAUUCAAGCAGCUGAGCUACCUGCAUUAGAUAUGGGUGGUACCUCUGAUCCCUAUGUAAAAGUUUUCCUUCUGCCUGAUAAGAAGAAGAAAUAUGAGACAAAAGUCCACAGAAAGACCCUUAACCCUGUUUUCAAUGAGCAAUUUACAUUCAAGGUGCCAUACUCGGAGCUGGGUGGAAAAACUUUAGUGAUGGCAGUUUAUGACUUUGAUCGUUUCUCCAAACACGAUAUCAUUGGGGAAUAUAAAGUUGCGAUGAACACGGUGGACUUUGGUCAUGUGACGGAGGAGUGGAGGGACUUGCAAAGCGCUGAGAAGGAAGAGCAAGAAAAACUGGGUGACAUCUGCUUCUCCCUCCGUUAUGUGCCUACUGCUGGCAAGCUUACUGUCGUCAUCCUAGAGGCAAAGAACCUGAAGAAGAUGGAUGUCGGAGGGCUAUCAGAGGAACUUACAACAGGUCACGGCGCUGACUGCUGGUUGAGGGGCUGCGAUAGCGCUCGGUACAUCUCAAGAGCUCAGGUGCGAGUGGCCAGUGCACAAGGCUGGGAGGGAGGGAUGGGGCCUCGUUCUCCUCACGGAGCUCCACGUUCUCGGCUGCAUCGGGAGUUCUUGGAAGCCGACUACUGUCUGAAUUGCCAAUUAGCCGAGGACAAAUUAAAUAACAAGAUGUUUUAUCAGGAGAAGUCUUUCCGGGAGAAAUUUGCUUCAUAUACCUGCUGUUCAAAAGGGAUGGUCUGA